AGUGACGUAGGCAGAAGCGACACAGACCGAGUUUCUCUGAGUUUCCCGUGCACUUUAAGGGGAAGGCAGCGGAGGCGCCAUGGCGGCCACGUCUAAACCCAAGCUGUCAAAAAAUCUGAUGCGGAUGAAGUUCAUGCAAAGGGGGUUGGAUGCAGAAACUAAAAAACAGCUAGAAGAAGAAGAAAAGAAAAUAAUCAGUGAAGAACACUGGUACUUGGAUUUACCUGAACUUAAGGAGAAAGAGAGUUUCAUAAUAGAGGAGCAGAGCUUUAUGCUUUGUGAAGAUCUUUUGUAUGGAAGAAUGUCAUUCAGAGGGUUUAAUCCAGAAAUCGAGAAAUUAAUGGUCCAAAUGAACGCCAAAAACAAAGAGGAAGAAGCUGAAGAUGUAACAAUGGAGGCUGAUGUGUCUGAUGAAGAAAUGGCCAGAAGAUAUGAAAGUUUGGUGGGCACAAUUGGAAAGAAGUUUGCUAAAAAGAGAGAUCGAGCACAGUAUGAUGAAGAUGAAAAUGGGAACAUAAAACCAGUUAAAGCUAAGAAGACGUUUUUAAAGCCUCAGGAGUAGACUAAGCAAAAUAUGCAAGAAAUUCUCUGGCAUAUUUUGAGACUUUCUAAUUAGAAUUGGUUGUGUAAUUAGUAAUGUUAUUAUACUUAUUUGUAAAGAAAUUUGUAACUUUUGAAACAUAUGCUGUUCCAGAAACAGAUGUGUGAUGGAUGUUAUACAUCCUUGGCUGAGGAGUUGUCAUUGACCAUGGGGUCUUUGCCAUGAUCUGUUAAACAUAACAAAGAUAGGCAAUUGUUCCCUAAAGCAUUUGAGUUGAAAGAAUGGUUGUUUCUUCUGCCUGAUCAUUUAUUUCAAAAUCUUGGAUAUAAAAUGACAAUACUGUUUAAAUUGCCCUUGGUAUGUUUACAUUUUAUUUUAAAAUAUUAAUGAAAGCAAACCAAUAAUUUCAUUUGGAAAUAAGGAAAUUUUAUAGCACAGGUCUUUUAUAGGGAACUCAUUUAUGUGUACAUAUGGACAGGGUGGAAAUGUUAUCAUGAAUCGUGUUAACUCCCAUUCUGCAAAAUAUUUACUUGCUAUCAUAUUUGUCCUGAUGAAUGUUUGCCACUCCUAAAGUUGGAAGAAUGUAUCCUGAAAUAAAUGUUUUUUUCUUUCA